CAAAAAUGGAAUCGAUGGGCAAGGGGGUAGUUCAAAAUAUUAUACAAUUACACACCGCAGCAGAGAAAUUAUUGGGAAAGCGCAAGCACAGAGACCUUAACAAUGAACUUCCCAGCAUAUACGGAAUUGUAACAACUGGGGAAAAAUGGAAGUUCAUCUACUGGUCCGGUCCCCCGAAAACCCCAAGUGUGAAGGUAUCAAAAUCGUACGUCUGUGGUUUCGACGAAGAAGCAAAUGAGGCAACAAAAAAGGCAACAACAAAGGUGCUUUCUCUCAUCAGUCGUCUUCUUCAUUCCCAAGGCGAUUUCAUGGAAUCGCAUAUGGACCUUUUUCAAGUUGGCGAGAAUGAG